AAAUGAUAUUUCGCAGCCGAAGCCCGCAGGCGAUGCAGUUCCGCAGUUCGGAAGUGUACCUUGUUCGCCAAGGUGAUAUCCUGUUCAGACCUCAGCUCACAGAUUUGCUAGAAUCUAGAUGCGCUCGACCUCCUGUCUGAUAUUCACAUUAUCUUCUAUACAAUUGCACCCACGCCUAUUUUCUCAUUGAAUGGUCGCCAUCUACGAUCUUUUUUGCUAAGAUUUCGUCUGAUUGUAGUUUCAUUCUAGGGUUUUUCUUCCUCGCGUUCUGUCAGAAGAGUUACUGGGUUUAAUUCUACUAUAUCAUCGGAGCUGGGCGUGAAGGAUGAACGGGAUAAGUUUCGGCGUAGAGGUGUCGAAGCCGGAGGAGACGAGUGUGAAAGAGGAUUGGUUGACAAUUUUGAAGGGAUUAGAACGUGAAGAAAUCGAGGAGGUGUUGUCUCAUACUUUUUGCGAUCGUUGCAAGGUUAAUUUGCAUGCCCGAGUGCAAUCCGUUGCUAACCGAAAACGCACAAAAAAACUAUCAAUAUCAAGUCCAGAUUCCACCAUCUUAAAUCCCGAUAAAUAUGCAGAAUCUUACACCACAAGUAUUCAAGAAUCUUCAAUCAAGAGUGAUUCAUAUAAAACUCCAGAAAACAUUCACACAAGAAACCAGAAACGCUAUUCUAACAAGUUCUCCCCCGCAUCAGUGAACAACAAACACCUGUCUUCAUCAACACAAUCAAAAUCUAAUAAAUCAUUGGAUGAUGGAAUACAUGGAGUCUCAUCUAUGGAAGAUGACUUACAGUCUGAUGAGCAGAAAGAAAUGGCGAGGUUUAGAAAUAUUGGAAGGAAGAUCAACUUUGUACACUUUGAGAGGGUUUAUGGGAAGAACGUGAAUGUUCUUCAAGGCCUUGAACUCCACACUCAAGUCUUUAAUCUUGAGGAGCAAAAAAAGAUUGUUGAAUCUGUUUAUGAGUUUCAGCGUUUGGGCCAAAAGGGUCGACUUAGAGCACGAACAUAUACCGAACCUACAAAGUGGAUGCGAGGCAAAGGGCGCAUUACAAUUCAAUUUGGUUGUUGCUAUAAUUAUGCAGUGGAUAAAAAUGGAAACCCACCGGGCAUAAUUAGAGAAGAAGAAGUGGACCCUCUACCUCCAGUAUUCAAACAAAUGAUAAAGAGAAUGGUUAGGUGGCAUGUUCUCCCUCCAACAUGUAUCCCCAAUAGUUGCAUUGUGAAUAUAUACGAAGAAGGCGAUUGCAUUCCUCCACAUAUUGAUCACCAUGACUUUGUUAGACCAUUUUGCACCACAUCAUUCUUAACCGAAUGCAACAUAUUAUUCAGUUCAAGCCUCAAGAUCGCGGGUCCCGGAGAAUUCACGGGGCCCGUUUCCAUACCCUUACCUGUCGGAUCCGUGCUGAUAUUGAAUGGUAACGGUGCUGACGUGGCGAAACAUUGCGUCCCUGCUGUUCCCGCCAAAAGGAUUUCGAUUACUUUUAGGAAGAUGGAUGAGAGUAAGAUUCCAUAUGGAUAUGUAGCGAAUCCCGAGCUACAUGGUGUUCGGCCUCUUUCUCUUUCUCUGAAGGCAUCACCAUCACCAUCACCAUCAGCAUCAGUUUUAUCACAAACAGAAGAAACAUCUCCGCCUUCUCCACCUCCUCGUGUUGUUUCAAAGCCCAAGGCUCCGGCUUUUGUUGGUGGAGAAAAUGAUUUCCCACCUUUAGGACUAGCUCUACAAAGGUGUUCUAACAAGAAUGUUUCUAAGGCUUGAGGUUUUUAUUUUUUUAUUUUUUAGGUAGUGUCUGUUUAAGCUUAUUAUUUAUUGUGUUGUGUUUGUUACAAUAAUACUUGAAUAGGGGAGGGAGGCCAACUUAUUUUUUCUAUGUUCGAUAGUAUAGACUAAUGGAAUAAUCAGGGUUAUUGUGGGUGU